CGUGUGCGUCGGGCGAAAGCGGCGGACAGUGCGCGAUAUCAAACGUGAAAUAAAUGAACAAAUUGUUAAUUAAUAAGCAACAGGAGCCGAUCAUCAUACCGAUCAGGCACCAUCAGGUAACAGCAACAACAGCAACGUUUCGCCGACGAUUCCAAUGUAACCUAAAUGUGUUUUGGUGUUGCGUGUGUGUGUGUUUAUUGUGAGCGUUCGAAAAGGAGCUGACAACAAGGAGAACGAUAACAUUUUAAUUAUUUAAAUUAGUGUUAAAUUUAAUAGAAUUCAAUCAUAAUUCAAGCUAAUCUGGGCCUGUGCUGAAAUUAAAAAGAAAAGAUUAAAAACAAGCGAAACCCCAAAAAUAACGCGAGUUCGAUUAACGGUGCUUCUCGAGCUAUUCCCUUUUGGCACAACUUCAGCGGAAUCAACCGAAAUCAACAGCAGCAGCAGCAGUAACAACAACAACAAUACGAAGAGCGCACAGCGAGGUGACAAUUCGAAUAUUUGAUAACGGUAAAUCGAUGCUAUAAACGCAGGAGCAAAAGCAAAUGUAAAACAGGCAAACAAACAGCGAAGCGAAAAAGAGUGUGAACGAGAGAGAUAGAGAGAGAGAGCAAGCAAAAGCAAAAGAAACAAUAAUAAUAGUAAUAAUAAUAAUAACAAAGUGUGCUGUGAAAAUUACGUAGAAAGUUGAAAGCUCGCGCAUUGAUUCCGCUAUAAAUCGAAACAAUUUGCCAACUGCGCUUUGCAAUUAUAAUUAUCAAAAUUCCAUAUCCGAUUCGAAAUCGAAAUCAAAUUUCACCCGAAGCCCGCACUAAAUAAAAAACUUCGCACUAAUGCAACUCCGAGUGCAUCCGACUAUGGAUUGCAGCGGCCGUUCAAAUAACACUAUUGAACGCGAUUCCGAUUUGGGUGACGAUUUGUCCCACGGCGAUCGAACGGAUGACGAGAUGCGCGACUGCGACUCCGUAGACGGUGAACAUCAUCAGCUGAGCGCCAAGGCGGCAAUCGCAGCUCGACUCAGUCACACAGUCGCCGGCGGCGCUGGCCUCAACUUUGCCAGUCCAGAGCAGCAAACAGAUCUGCCACUCAGCCAUCAUCAUCAACUGCCGCCGAAUCAUCCGCUCAACGCUCUGGGCAGCUUCAUGGGCAUCGGCGGACUACACAGCAUUCCAAAUCUCCAGCACAGCGACGUGCUCGAGAAGCUCAAGAUGCAAGUGCGCGACAUGAAAGUGGGCCUCAUGGAACAGGACUAUGCGGCGGCAGCGCAUGCAGCUGCGUUCGGGGCCAAUAUGCUGCCCACGACGAUCAGCUCGGCCUUUCCGCUGGCCCACAAUUCGGUGGCAGCCGCCGCGGCAGCUGCAUCCUUUGGCCAUGCGGCCAAUGCGGCGGCCGGCAAUGGCGCCAGCUACAAUGGGGGCGCYGCUGCUGCUGCAAGUGGAGCAGGAGGAGCUGUGGCAGCUGGCAACAAUAAUGCAGGUGGCCCAGGUGGAGGCAACAGCGGUGGCGGUGGCGGUGGCGGCACGACCAAUGCAACUGGCAACAAUAGCAAUAACAACAAUAGCAACAGUAACAGCAACAACAACAACAGCAGCAGCAACAAUAACAACAACAACAACAACAACAACAACAAUGCCGGCAAUGGGCAUCCCUUUUCGUUUGCAUCGCCGACAGCGCCAAGCGCCAAAGAAGCUAAUUCCGCAUCAAAUUCAUCGACGUCCAGCGAGGCAUCCAAUUCAUCGCAGCAGAAUAAUGGCUGGAGCUUUGAAGAGCAGUACAAACAAGUCAGACAGCUCUAUGAAAUCAAUGAUGAUCCCAAGCGCAAGGAGUUUCUCGAUGAUUUGUUUUCGUUUAUGCAAAAGCGCGGCACACCCAUCAAUCGGCUGCCAAUCAUGGCCAAAUCGGUGCUGGAUCUGUAUGAACUAUAUAAUCUGGUGAUAGCGCGCGGCGGCCUCGUCGAUGUCAUCAACAAGAAGCUCUGGCAGGAGAUCAUCAAGGGGCUGCAUCUGCCAUCGAGCAUCACCAGUGCCGCAUUCACGCUGCGCACACAAUACAUGAAGUAUUUGUACCCGUACGAGUGCGAGAAGAAGAACCUCAGCACACCGGCCGAGCUGCAGGCGGCCAUCGAUGGCAAUCGGCGCGAAGGACGUCGCUCCAGUUACGGCCAAUACGAGGCGAUGCACAAUCAGAUGCCGCUGACACCCAUUUCGCGAGCUCCACUGCCCGGUGGCAUGCAACAAAUGUCGCCCUUGGCUCUGGUCACACACGCCGCGGCGGCCAACAAUCAGCAGGCGCAGGCAGCGGCAGCAGCCGCCGCAGCGCACCGCCGACUGAUGGGCGGGCCGGCGUUUGGCCAGAUGCCGAAUCUGAUGACGCAGGAGAUCGAGAAUCGCAUGAUGGAGUAUCUGCAGCUCAUACAGGCCAAGAAGGAGCAAAACGCUAACCCUGUGCUGGCUGCCACACACAAUCACCAACAGCAGCAGCAGCAGCACCAACAGCAGCAGCAACAGCAACAGCAGCAACAACACCAGCAGCAGCAACAGUCGCUGCAUCAUCACCAGCAGCAGCGACAGCGCUCCCAGAGUCCGGAGCUGAGCACGCGCGAUGCGCUGAGUGCACAGGUGGCGCUGUGGCACAUGUAUCACAAUAGCAGUCCAAACGGUUCGGCGCACACGUCGCCACAGCAGCGCGAAGCCCUGAACCUAUCCGAUUCGCCGCCAACUCUGAAUCUGAAUCACAUUAAACGAGAACGCGAACGCGAUCCGACGCCAGAGCCGGCGGAUCAGGAUGAUGCACCACACCAGCCGCCGCCAGCGAAACGUGUGGGCAGCGGCCUGAUGCCGCCCGGUUUUCCCGCUAACUUCUAUUUGAAUCCACACAACAUGGCCGCUGUGGCAGCCGCCGCCGGCUUCCAUCACCAGGCGAACAGCAACAGCCACCAUCAUCUGCAUCAGCAGCAACAGCAGCAGCUGCUCCAGCAGCAGCAGCAACAGGACGCCGCGUCCGAUGGCGAGCCAGAGGAUGACUACGGCAAUGCUGAGCACAAUACCACCGGCAAUUCCUCGUCCAUGCACGACGACAGCGAGCCCCAGCCGCUGAACGGUCAUCAUGAGCUCGACCAUCACCACCAUCAUCAUCACCAUCAUCAUCAGAAUCAUCUAGACAAGUCGGAUGACUCGGCCAUUGAGAACUCACCCAGCACUUCCACCACGGCAUCAGCUUCGGGCGGCCAUCGUCACAGUUCGCCGGUCUCCACCAAGAAGAAGAGCGCCACCGGCAAGGCACAGUCCAGUUCCAAGGACAGCUGCACAGCUGUGGGCGGCAGCAGUGGCAGCAGCGGCGCAGGCAGCGGCGUGGGUGAAGCCGGAGGCGGCAGUGGAGGCGGCCUCAAGCUAAAUCCCCUCGAGACACUCAGCCUGCUGUCGGGCAUGCAGUUUCAAGUGGCACGCAAUGGCACCGGCGCAAAUGGCGAGCAGCAGUUGAUUGUCAAUCUGGAGCUGAAUGGCAUUAAGUACUCGGGCAUGCUGGUGGCCAAUCCAGGCGGACGCGAGCGUCACAACGGCAACGGCAACGACGACGACGACGGCGAUGGCAACGGCGAUGACGACAACGGCGACGGCGACGACUCCGACCCCGAGCCAGACAACGCUGCAGUUGCGACGCCCGCUGCAGUCGCGGAAGGCGGCGGCGCCAGCGAGGAGCCAGCGCCGGAGGAGGCCAACGAGAGUGGCGGCCAGGAGGUUGGCCAGAGCGAGGCAAACGUGGAGGAGGAGGAGGAGGCGCAGCCGGCUGAAGACAUUGUCAAUGGGGGCGUGGGCGUAGGUUUAGGUGUCGGCAUGGGUGUGGGCAUGGGCGUGGGCGUGGCUGUGGGGUCGCUGUUAAAAGAUGCUGUUGCCAGUUCGUAGAGUGCGAUUGGUCAAGGCAAAGGCGAAAGAAAUAGGAAUACCAAAGUCAUAUUUUUCAGAAAAAUAAAAAAUGAAGCAGACACACACACACACACAUCUAAAUACAGAAGGAAUGAUGUAUGUGUGUGUGUGUGUGUGUGUGUGCAAACUCGUUAGCCUGGCUAAGACAAAAGUGCAUCCACAUAGCAGUUACAACCACGCGCCCAUUAUGAAACCACAAACACACACACACGUAUAUAUAUAUAUAGUUAUAUAUGCGUAUAUAUCUAUAUACACGAUAUAUCGAUUAGUAUGUAUGUUCAUUUUCCACACACUUUGCAUAAAAGACAAGCUUGCGAGCAUUGUAUUUAUUAAUAGGCCCUAGUUAUAAGCAGCAACAACAACAACAACAAUAACAAGAAGAAGAA